GCUCACUCUUAUUGCAUGUCCCAUGUGUAUCUCCUGGUAACAUGGUGGCCAUCGUUACCGCGGAAACGGUGGUGUAUUGGUGAUGCCUCCAGGGGUAUAUAUACACCGAGCGCUGCGGGGCUUGAUAAACACUUGCCCAUCAGCGAUUACUGCUGCAGCAUGUAUACGUCAUUGGUAGCCAUUGUCACGCUGGCAGCAUACGCUGCAUCGGCUCCAGCUCCAGCUGAUGAGCCAAUACCAAUUGUCAGCCAAAGUCAGGAGGGUCCAAAUCCAGAUGGAUCAUACAAAUGGAGUUAUGAAAGUGGAAAUGGUAUCAAGGCCGAGGAACAAGGACAAUUAAAGAACGCUGGCUCAGAGAACGAAGCUAUGGAGGCACAAGGUGCAUUCAGUUAUCCAAGCGACGAUGGCCAACAAAUAUCUUUGACUUAUACGGCGGAUGAGAAUGGAUUUCAACCAGUUGGUGCUCACCUUCCUGUACCACCGGAAGUUCCGGCUUUAAUACAGAAAGCACUCGAGUGGAUAGCAGCACAUCCCUCGAAAGACGACGAGAAUAAUCUGUAACACCGACAAUCUAUAACGCCAGUGUGAUCUCACCAGCUCCUUUUUAAAUAUUAUUACGAUCGAGAUAAAACGACGAUCUUUUUAGCCCGAUGAUGAGUUUAAUCCGUUCACGCGACGCCGCCGUCUCGCCGCACUUAUGUUCGUUUUUCUAUUUUCUCUGUCUCUUUCUUUUUCUUCCUAUCUUUCUCUUUCUCUUACUUUUCUCCCAAUUAUUUCUUAUUCCCUUCGCUCUUCUAAACGUCCGACCUCGAACAUGGACUACUCUGGUUCAAUUUGUUGUAAAUAUUUAUUUGUACGUCUAUGCGAUACUAUAUUAAUAUAUAUAUAUAUAUAUAUAUUAUAUAUAAUACAUGCAUAUAUGUAUAUAUAUAUAUAUAUAUAUAUAUUAUACGUAUAUAUACACACACAGACACACACAGACAUAUGAAACACUUAUAUAUCUACUUAAAUAGCAAACCGAUGUAAUUAACUGUCGUUAAGUAUAUCAAAGUGCGUUUGAGAAUAAAUGUUGCAUCCCAGGAGAAAAGUCACACGAUUUUUUGUCACACGACCUUGAUUAAAACAUAGGAAAUUAUUGUUGAUUAUUAUUACUUCCUAAUGAAUUUGAAUAAUGAUCUAGGAAGUCUCGUAGAAGUCACGAGAGAAUAUUUAAAUCGAUGAGAUUUAUGAUUCAUUUAGAAGGCGUCGUCCUACGUGCGCUCCACUUUCUACAGUUUGGCUGAUUAAAAACGUCUACGUCUACUAUCUACAUACUACUUGUACGUUUUCUAACGUAUCGAACGAAGUUUAAGAUGUAACCAUAAAAAGUAGUAAAUAUCUUGAAUUAAAAUUUAUUAUUAAAAGCAAAAUCUAUGAGUCGUUGUAAAGGAACAAAUUAGAAUUUAAAAAACGGACAAAUUUUCUACUUUCUUUUUUGUCUUAUUUUCUACAUUAGAAAGUUAAACGAUAGAUAGAGGCAAACAUCGACGAAUCAUUUCUUCUUCUUUUUUUCUUUUUUUCUUUUUUUUUGUCGAAAUGGAUCUUACAUAAUUGUCAUUAAUCAAUCAAACAGACAGAUCGUACGAUAAGAAUUCUCAAGGAUUACAUAAUUUCCAAAUUAUACACACCAUACGGAAAGCGUUUAUUCCGUUUUUAUCUCUUUUCUCUCUCUCUCUCUCUCUCUUUUUUUUCUUUUUUCUAUCUUUUUUCACUUUCGUCAAGGAUUUUUAUUAGUGAACGACGAAAGAUGAUCGUGUAACCUUUCGAAUCGGAUCCCGUUGAUUGAACUUAUAGCGUCGUUUCUCGAAGCUUUCUAACAAUAACAGUACCUAUGUUUGCACGAGCGAGAGCGUCUACUCAAUUUGACAUGGCCGAUGUCGCGCACGCCUCCAAGGGUUAAGGAACCGGAACUCGAGAUGGUAUCUUUGCUGAACUUUCACCGAUGAAACGAACGAUCAACUCGCUUUGAAAUUUUACUACGUGAAUAAUACCGACUUAUAUCAUCUUAUGAGUUAGAUUUAUGCAAUCGAUUGACAUUAUACUUUCCAUCGUUUAAACGCAUCGAAAAGUUUUUCUACGAUUGCGGGGGUGGAAUUCAGAUCGAUUCAAAUUUUACCAAUGUCUUUUGAUUUCUAAUCUCAACUGAUCCAAUUCAUAUAUGUACAUAUUUAAAUUUUUUUUUAUUAAUCGUUAUACAUUAUUAUUGUAAUGUAGAUGAAUGUAAAAGAGGGAUAUAUUUAGUGACAAAAUAUGCUUCGCUGAAGCGAAAUAAGCAAAAAUUGGGCAAUGUGAUAAAUUUCAGUGAUAUGAUUACGUUAUUUAUCGAUAGUUUUCUACGAUAAAUUUAUUACAACAUCCAUAUUGUUUUAUGUAAUUAUUUUCGUAUUAAUCGCUCUAUCCAUAACCAUAUUUCCAUAAAAAUUUAAUAAUCAUAUAUAGGUAUAUAGGUGCCUUUCUUUUUUUCAUUUCAGAUUUCGAAAAAAAAAUAUUGAUAUUACAAAGAUAGUAAAAAAAAAAAAAAAGAAAAAAAAAAAAAGAGUUGGGCAAAAUUUGUUAUUGUAAUAAAGAGUUGUAUGCUAAAGAAUUCAUUUUUGUAUUACGCGAUAACCAUUGUGUAUUAAUUAUCGAAUAGGUGUCUGAGAUACGUGCCUUGCAUACUUUCGGCAUUGCAUUUGUACUUGCGAGUCAUUUGGUUUUAUAUGUGUGUGUAUGUGUGUGUAUUACGAACAAAUAUAUAUAAAAAUGUACAUGUA